AUGUUUGCCUCCUUCACCGCUAUCCUCGCCGCCGCCUCGGCCACCAUGGUCUCGGCCGCUGCCCUCGCCCCUCGCGGCUACGGAACUGCUUCCAUGACUCCUCACGACCAGUACGGGUCGUCCGUCGGAGUCCUUGGAUGCAAGAUCAACACCAACCACGUUGCCUACUGGCCUAGCUCUGUCGGCUGCGACGACAUCUGCCUUCAGCUCUCACACGAAGGUCGCAAGAUCUACGUGCUCAAGAUUGACCAGUCCGGCGGUGCCUUCGACAUCUCCUACGCCGCUUGGAACUGGCUCGGCUUCGGCAAGCAUGCUGCCGAGGAUCCUCAGAUGGGCGGUGGCAUCGAGAUGCAGUACGAGACUGUCCACCCCAGCAAGUGCCAGGACCUGCUCGACGAUGGCAAGCUGCCUCUCAUGGCUGCCAACAGCAUGAACUACCUGUCUUCGUGCCUUGCUCAGCCCAACAGCUGGGUCGCCAAGAACUACCGCCUCUACAACAUUGCCAACGACAUCUGCAAGUACGGUGUUGAUGAGAUCUGCGCGGUCAACCUUGCCGUCUCCAACCAGCCCGUGUGCCCCAGUGGCCUCGGAUCCACCAAGGCACUCAACCUCGACGUCACCAACAUUGCCUACGGCUCCGGAAAGAAGGUUCUGGCCCAGUAG